AUGACAUUCCUCUUCGGUCUGGCUCGUCGGACACCAGGCCUUAUCCCCACCAACGGCGUCCGGGCUUUCUCAACCUCAGUGCCACUCCUUGCACAGCCUGUAUCUGUCUAUGCCACCUUGGCAGAGAGAGACCAGGGCAAACUUAAUGAACAAAACCUGGAGAGGGCAGUCCGGCAAGUCCGCCAUGACGGCCUUGUGAUCGUCCAGAACGCCAUUGACACAGAUCUUCUCAACAAGCUGAACAAGAAAAUGGUGAAGGAUGCAUUGGAGUUGCGGUCGAGAGGAGAGAACAGUCCGUUCAACUAUAACCAAGGAAAUCUGCAGCAGGAUGCGCCUCCUGUGAGGGAAUACUUCCAGCCAGAAAUAUUCCUGAAUCCUAUCGCAACCCAGAUAACAUCAGCAGUGCUCGGCCCCCGUCCUAAAUUGACAUUUUGCUCUGGCAAUUCAGCGAUGCCCCCGAGGCCGGAUUCUCUUCCGGAGAGACAGCCAGUGCAUUCGGAUGCGGACUUUGCACACCCUGACCAUCCCUUCGCGUUGGUUGUCAACGUCCCGCUGAUUGAUAUGAAUCCCGAGAACGGUUCGACUGAAAUCUGGCUAGGAACGCACAAUGCCUUCGGAAUUGAGGCACAGGAAGGAGCGCACGGCGAGCGAGCCUCGGGAAGAAUUCGUCCUUCGUUGUUGGAAGAAAGGUCGAGAACGAACCCACCCGUUCAGCCCUACGUCCCCAGGGGCAGCAUCAUCAUCCGUGAUCUCAGGCUUUGGCACGCUGGCAUGCCAAACACAACUCCAGACGUCAGAAUCAUGCUGGCGAUGAUCCACUUCGCCCCUUGGUAUCGUAAUCAAAUGAGACUGGAGCUCGCUGAAGAGAUAAAGCCGCUGGUGGAGAGCGCACGAGAUCUCGACAUCCGGGCAAACUUCGUAAGCGAAAGUGAGGCGUUGAAAAGAUACCUCAAUCGAGGGUUUGGAAACAGCUAUGACUUUGGCCAAAGUCCAUAG